AUGGAGGGAGGCACAGAGACUCCAGAGCUCCCCAUCGCGCUGCGGCGCACACGGCGUAACCUGAGCCAAUCACGAGCGUCGUCUAGCAGUCCAGCAGCAGCUCCCAAACAAACACCAUGCGCCUCACCCAAGCGACCCUCACGGGAGACCCUGGCUCUUCAAACUCCAAAUUCCAGGAAGAGGCAUGUUCGGUUCUCAGAUCCAGGUCCGCAGUCGGCUGGGAAGGAAUGUCAACCCUCAACAACUGGGUUAACGCCCAUGAUACGACGGACCUCUCUUUCUAGCAGUCGAACACAGCGUCGACGGUCCACCCCGGCCUGCCUAUUUCCGUCAAACGGCAGCGGUAUUCCGAGCCUAGACUCGCAAGGCUCUCCCUUUAGUGGUGAGGUCCAUUUCCUUCCUCUCCGCCAAGUCCUGGAUGGCCGUGUCAAGCGCCGCAUUCGGCGCAAUGGCCUGAGCGAGGAGAUGAACACCAUCUUGACCGAGAGGCGGCGACGGGCCGAGAAGGCCAAAGCGGAGAUGGAGCGGCUCAAGGCCGAGUUGGCCGAGAAGGAUGAAGAAAUCGAGCGAUUGCAUGACGAGACGGUGGUGCUCGACACGGAGCGUGUGUGGGAUCUGGAGCAACAGGUUGCAUCACUGAAGAGAGAGUUGGCCAGCCGUGCCGCGGUCCAGGAGGUGCCGAGCAGUCCCCCUGUUGAAUGGGCCAGAGCUGCCCAGACUCCUCCUCAAUCCGACAAUUCCAUGGAGUAUGACAUCGACGAUGUCGGGACAGAGUUUAGUGAGAGCGCGAGGGCCGAGCUGGCGUGCAGCACGCCCACCAGGCGAAUGCGGGCAGCAUCCUUUCCAACCCCUCCGUCCACAAGCCCCGAGCCGCAACCCUCCGAGACUCCCUGCCGACGUUUGCCCACGCCACGGUCCAGCAUGGGCACUCAGGCCUCACUGCCAGACCCAGAAAAGCAGCAGCUUGAACAGCAACUCGAGGUCCUGCACCUCGAGGUCGCCAAACUAACAACCGCCCUGGAGUCCUACUCCGCCCUAGCCUCCCGACUAUCAGACAAGCUCACCCCAGCCCUCCUCCCAACAACCCCAUCCCCCGAGUCGUCGUCGUCGUCAUCGGAAGAAGCAGCCCCCAACCCCCACCCCCUCGAAGCACAACUCACCACCAUCCUACAAACCCUCUCCGACCGCACCGCCGCCCUCACCACCCUCGACACCACCCUCCAAUCCCUCGGCUUCCCGGGCACCGACGCCUUCGAAGUACUCACCUCCCUCACCACCACCCUCCGCACGGCCCGCCUCGAACUCGAAUACACCACCCCGGGCGAAAGCACACUCCCACUCACCGGCGCCGGCGCGCAGGUCCUCACCCAACUGCUCACCCACCUGCGCACCCUCACCCACCAAAACCGCGACCUGCACGAUGCCCUCGACGAGUCCCACGCACUGACCACCUCCCUGCGCUCGCAGCUGCGCGCGCGCGUGGCCGCCACGGACGAGCUCGCCGCGCAGCUAGCCGACGCGGAGCGCGAGGCGCGCGAGCGGGAGGCGGAGCACGCCGCGGCGGUGGCGAGGCUGCAGGGGGAGCUGGCGGCGCAGCUGGCGCAGACGGACGCGCUACGGAUCGAGCUGGAUACGCUUUCGGCGGCGCAUGCGGAGGAGGUGGCCGGGUUGGUGGGGGAUGUGGCGGCGAGGGAUGGGCGGGUGGGGGAGCUGGAGGCGGAGGUGCUGAGGGUGGGGGGGGGCGGUUGGAAGGUGCCGAAGGGGUUGGUCAGGGGGUUGAAGACAGGAGAAUAG